GCGCUGCUGCAGACCGUACACAGAAUACAGUGAUGCAGAAAACAAUUCCCGGCUGCUUUUUCCAGCAAAUGUAUUCUUCCCUAACUGGCAUUUCUAUGGAGAGAGAUCACAUGAAAGAUCUGAGAAGAUACCUGGUGCUUAAGUAUAUCCAAUACCUCGUCCUGUCAUCUUCAAAUGCUGUCAGCACUUUUCUGGGCCUGCUGGGCAGUCUGUACACACUGAUCAUCCUGCAGUCUGCAAAGGUGUCGUCCAAGUCCACUGCAGUUCUCAUCUCGAGCCUCGCAAAGGCAGACAUCCUGGUUUCCAUUAGCGUUGUUUCUGAGAUGGUCGCCUGGACCUUUGACAUCGGUAUCUCACCUGCGGCGUUCACAUCAGCCCUGCUGCAGAACCUCCUCGCUGCAAACACACACAUCAGCUGCUUGCUGCUCAGCUGCGUUGCCUUCGAGGCUUACUUGAUUACCUUCUGCCCCACAGAGUCCCGGCAUUUACGGACGGUGAAAAAUGCCAGACUGACCUCCAGGAUCAUCUGGCUCCUGGUGACCGCAGAGUGCGCCCUGUUGCAGACAGACGACCUCCUGCGGGCCAGCUGCCUUCCUGCUCCCACCCGCAGCCCCACCGUGCUCUUGUUUCACUUCUCCAGCACAGCCGCAGCCCUUCUCCGGUCCCUCACUUACGUCCUGGGGAUUCUUUUAAGGAUUGUCAAUGUAUACAUUUACUACAAAAUAUUUUUUAGCGUGUCGAACAGAUCGACGCUAAAAGCAAAGUAG